AUGAAGUGUGUAACAGAAGUAUUGGCGAUUCUUACUUACGCUCCACAGGUGCAGUUUGUUACUGCUACUGUAAAGAAGGCUAAAUUAUUGCCGUUUAACAAUAAACCAUUUGCUCGUGUAAUGUUAUUCGAAAGGCGUCAUCUAUUAGAGCAGAAGCAAACAACAGUAAUACCAACAACAAUUUGUGGUCGAUGUCUUACCACUGACUGCUCUCAACAAAGGCAGUCCACAUCAAAUUCACCGUCGUCUUCUUCUUUAGCUGACUGUUCAUCUACCGCACGUGGGGCUCAACAAUCUACGGACGUGAUCUUUUCAGAAUCUUUUUUGUUUCAUGUAACUCCUGAAAUGCUCGACAGAUGUCAUAUCGUGAUUGAAAUGUAUGAUACUAAUCCAGAAGAUUGCAAUAGUGGACCAAUACCAAUAGGUCAUUGCGUAAUUGGCCCAAUGUGCACUGGGCCCGGAUGUGCUCAUUGGUUACAAAUGAUCCGAAAAACGGGUUUACCAGCUUGUAUGUGGCACCGAUUACUAAAAAGUUAG